AGUUGAAGCUCCACCCCUGUGCUAACAACAACUCCAGCAGAUCAGCUGUGCUCUCAAGAUUCAGAUUCAGUCAGCUAAAAUGUUGCUCGUGGUUUUCUUGUGUUCCCUGAUUGUCUCUCUGCUCGCUGCAUCUGAAGAUCAGCAAGAGAUAAAAGUGAAUCCUGGACAGGACGUCUCUCUUCUGUGUCAGGGUCUCAGAGAUGCCUCCGUCACACUGUUAGAGUGGACCAGACCUGACCUGAAGUCAGACGGUUACGUGUUCUUUUACCGAAACGAGCGGCCGUAUGAAAACUACCAGCAUGAAUCUUUUCAAGGUCGAGUGGAGCUGAGAGAUCCAGAGCUGAAGGACGGAGACGCUUCUGUUGUCCUGAAGAACGUCAACAUGAACGACACUGGAACAUACGAGUGUCGGAUUGUAACUAACGCACGACAAGAGAUCAAGCACCUGAUCGACCUGAAGGUUACAGACUCAGAUCACACAGCUGGAGACAAGGAGGGAGGAGACAAGGAGGGAGGAGACAGCAUCGUGGUUGGACUAGCAGUUACUAUGGCGCUUCUUCUUCUUCUUCUUCUUCUUGCUGUAUGUGUCUGUAGAAAACGUAAGCACUCAUCAGAAAAGAAGAACUGUACAGUUACUAAUUAGUGGAAAUGCAUUUAGCAACUUAUCAAAAGGACAAAAUGUAACAUCUCCUUUAGUUAAAGUGUCGUCUGCAGCAGCCAAAUCAUCUUGCUCAGAUUCUAAUGAAAAAAAUCAUAGAUCGCAUAACUGUGUUCUCUGCUGUACACAGUGCACUGAAAUGUCUGAGGCUUCCACGUUAAGGUCAAACCAAACAUCCUUCUUUAAAUGGCCAAUAUGCAUAUUUUUAACAAAUAAUGUAUGAAGUGACAACGUAUUGGCAUCAAAGGACAGUAAUAGUUUCGACAGAAUCAGCAACACAAUAUUAAACAGCAUCGUUUGCAUAGAUAUGAAUUUUAGUUUAUUUACAAGCACUUUUUGGUCAAACCCGAACAUAAACUUCAGGAGCUACAGCAGGUUAGCAGGCUAAUUCACUGUGUACAUUAUAAACCGUUUAUUAAGCACUUUAUUCUCAUUAAUCCCAUCGUUGCCUUUUACUCACUGCAGCAAAAUACAAUAAAAUAAUGAAUAAUCCAUAAAUUGUAACAAUUCUCCAAAUCCACGGUUCUGUUCAUACUUUGUUUUUUCCCCACAUUUGUUUUCGGGGGGUGAAUAACAAAUGGGGAAAAAUUCUAUUAUUAUUAUUAUUGGAUCUUGGAUUAAAUAAACUAGUCUAAUUUGCAGGCAUGAUCACGGGACUGGAUCAAAAUAUAGUCACGUGACCCAAUUAAAAUAGGUGCACAUGUGCUAGAAUUAUAAGCCUACAUCUCGGCCUAACUUUAAACACAAUGUUUGUUGCAGAGAAACACAGAGAGAGAUGUUAUGUGUUAUUUUACAAGACGCUGACACGGUAGCGAACUCACCGGUUCAGAUGUCAUUUGGUAACAAGUUGGUUUCGAUUCAUGUGAUGCGCAUAUGAGCCAUGAAAACAGAAUUACGGGUGAGUUUAUUAAACCCGGAAACUUUAUGAAACAUACUGUUGAUGGAGAAGGGACAGGGAGACUGGGGAAGGUGAGGCAAGCCUGUGCUUGCAGUGAGAGACCAGAGGUGUGUGAGUGUGUGGGAAAGAGAACUAAAGGGAAAGUAGUAAGUAAACACUAGAAUAAGGUGGAGGAUGAAGUCCAAGUAAAAUGGUGAAAUGAGAAAUAAGCUAGUAGAAAUAGAAAAAUACACACUAACAACCGCUGUCGCCACUUUACACUGACAUUGUCAUAAUGAGCGCUCACCAGUCUGGGGAGCAGCAUGUCGCAGUUCCUCGAAACCACGACACGGGACUGUGAACACUCGCGGUUUUGGUCUCAUUUUCAGAACUGUUACAGCCCUAAUUUAAUAUAUAGAUCAGCAUCAAAGUAAACAUAAACCUAUAUGUUAUUGCAUAAUUGAUUGUAUUUGACUUUUCCAUCUCUGAGACAGAAAUGAAACUGAUGAGUAAUGUUGAUUAUAGAGUGAUUGUGAUGUUUCCUAUCUUUAGGUUUGUCACUCAGAUUUCUUUCUGUGUGUUCAGAUUUCAUUUUCUGCAUUUUCAGUUUCUUACCUUAUAUAUUGUACAGCACUUUACUUCACCUGUAUAAGCUUUGUUUUAUUAAUAAAUGGUUUUGUAUACUAUAAAUA